AUGGGAUCUCAUACAGCGGCUAUUCAAAAGCUCGAGUCGCAGAUGCGUGAUAUUUCUAGAGAGCAGCACCCUCCUAAAAAGGGAGGACAUCCUAGUGACACUAUUUCGAAUAUGAAGAAUGGGGGAGGUGAUGUAGACCGUGUGUUUGCUAUCAGUAAUCGAAGUGGAAAAAUACUCCAAAGUGUUGAAAAGAAGGUUGCUAAUCUCGAGCCAAUUAAUGAAGAGGAAGAGGUGCAGUCUGAUGGACCAAUUAUUGUUAAUGAGGUUCUUCAUGAAGAGAAAGUUGCUGAUAUUUCAGAAAGUUCGAAGGUGGCUAAUGAUAAGAGCAAGAAGACUGUGAAAGGAGCUCUCCGCCCUUUGAUUCAGCAUUUCAAAUCUACACCUCCCUUUCCUCAAAGGUUGGUGAAGAAGAAAGAAGAGGCUAAGUUCGAGAAAUUUUAUGAUCAGCUGAAGCAGUUAUCUUUGAACUUUCCAUUCUUAGAUGCUGUCAAGAAGAUGCCUAAUUUUGCUAAAUACUUGAAAGACCUAUUGACCAAGAAGAAGACAGUGCAACAUGAAACCGUGAGUUUGACUUACACUAUGACUGAUAGAUCUAUUAAGCGGCUGGUUGGCGUUGUUGAUGAUGUUCUUGUGUGGGUUGGUAAAUUUAUGUUGCCCACUAAUUUUGUGAUUCUUGAUUAUGCUAUUGAUCGGGAUAUUCCUAUUAUUCUGGGAAGACCUUUCCUUGCUACAUGA